AUGGUAACACCGAAAGAACUUCGUUCGCCUUCAUUCUCCAGAGAUCGGCCUCUACCGCCACUUCCAGAUUCCGAUUCGGAAUCCCUAUCAAGUUCAUCCGAAAAUCUAAACAGGGUCCAUGCGAAGCUCCAUUGUCGCUCAGAUGGUGCGAUAAGGAGUAUAAAAGAUUCAGGACAAGGAAGAAACCCUGCGUCUGAGCUAUAUACGGAAGAAACUUCGUCUACAACCCCAAAUCGACACCUGGCGCCAGUUAGGCGUAACUCAUCCCAUUUUCGAGAUGCAUCGUUGGAAGAUUCCUACAUGGCUUCGGAUAUUAAUGUAGCGAGAACUCAAAACAUUUCAGGACACGAUUUGCAUGAACAGAAUGGUAGGUUUAGAAGAUCUUCGCCCUUGAAUAAGACUUCUCAUUCGGUAACUUCGGCCGGCCAUCGUUUUUUCACUUCGCAGUCCGGAAAUGAAAGGGAAAGGGAUUUGAAAUUCUCUAGCUUUCCAAUAAGUUCAGGUGAAACUUCAUCUAACGUUCAACAUUACUUAGAGAGAAGGCAUACAAGAAACAAUAUUCUUCCAACUUGGCAGCUAGAUACGGAAGUUUCCAUUUGUCCAUUGUGCAAUACUCAAUUUAGCUUUUUUUUACGAAAGCAUCACUGUAGGAAAUGCGGUCGUGUGGUGUGCAAUUCGUGUUCGCCCCAUCGCAUCAUAAUACCAAAUCGAUAUAUUAUACAACCACCAGUUGAGGGUGUAACCCGAAGGCUAUCAGAUCUAGGCCUGGCGGAAAAUUUAAAUGAAGAUUCUUCAGGAUUAAACAACACGAUGGGCGGAGAAAAAGUACGUCUCUGUAAUCCAUGCGUACCGAGUCUAAGCUCAACAUCACCUCGCUAUUCUCCAGAUGAGAUUGAGUGUCCAAUCCCAACAUUACAAAAUUCAAACGAUUUGCCAAACACACCUUUAUCCCACUCAGCCCUAAAUUCUUACCGGCAUCGAGACGUCGAAAAUAUUACAGCACCAAACUCUUCCCGUCAUUACCGGCAGCAAUACAUUCAUUCGGGAAAUCGAGUUCCAAUUCCAAGAUCAAAUAAUUUGUUCUAUUCAGCAUCAUAUAACCGAGGAGAGGAUCGAAUCUCUAGAUCUAAUCAUCAUGAAAUUCGGUCCAGGAGUAGCACAGUCGGAGCUCUAAGUGAUUUUAAUCAUGGCAAUAAUUCUGAGAUAAUCAGUUUAGUUCCGCCUUUUCACGGAUCUCAUUCAAUCAGGCAACUAAGACAGGAGGAACGCUCAGUUCCCUUUCCAAGUCGUCCAUCGCAAAUAUCUGAAGAGGAUGAAUGUUGGAUAUGUCACCAAGAACUCCCCUCUAGGAGCCUCGAAAAUCAUGAAAUGUUGAGGAAAAAUCACGUAAACGAUUGCGUCAAUGCAGCUAUCGAAUCGACAUCCGGAGUAGUUCAAAAGCCUAGUGUAGAGCUAACAUUCGAACAAGAAUUCGUAAAUAUAGACCACAACAAUGGAAACUCUACUGCUAUCGGGACAGGCUCACAAAACUAUGGCCACAUCCAAAAUCUUCACGUAACAUCGGGAAGGAGAACAGGUGUUUUUCCUUAUCGGGCCUUAGAAACAGAUUGCAUCAAUAGUGCCGAAUGUACAAUCUGUUUUGAAGAAUUUAAAGUUGAUGAUUGGAUGGGUCGACUGGAAUGCUUUUGCCAAUUUCAUUUGAAGUGCAUCAGGCAGUGGUUUGAAAUGAGACCUGGACAAUGUCCUGUUCAUCAGCAUGGCUCAGGUUGA